AUGGCCAAUAUUAUCAAUAAAGCCCGAAUCAAACAACGCUCACUAGUCAUCACCCUACUUGACCUCAAGAAUGCUUUUGGUGAAGUUGAUCAUAAUCUGAUCGCAUCCGUGCUUGAUUACCACCAUAUCCCUGAACAUGUUAAAUUGAUAAUUAAAAGUCUAUAUACCGAUUUUAAAACUUCAAUAAUUACAUCUGAAUUCCGUACACCCUUCAUACCAGUUCGCCGUGGAGUAUUGCAAGGUGAUUGCCUGAGUCCUCUUCUCUUCAAUAUAUGUUUCAACACCUUUAUACAACACAUAAAAACAGAUAAAGAUCGUCAAUUUGGUUUCUCCUUACAGUUUCUAAAUCCCAUUCACUGGUUUCAGUUUGCUGAUGAUGUCUUUAUCAUUCAUUAUGGAUUGAGACUCAGGAUUGGUCAAGAAAAUAUUACUAGAUGAUUUAUUUCUCCCCGUAAGUUUAUUAAUUCUCUUCCAUCACUUCGAGUUGUUUUUAUCACAAUUUGCGAUAUAUUUUCCUUACCAUACUUUUCAUUUGCAAGACGGAUUUCUUGUUUCACACGAUUUCUCAAGAGUCUACAAUGGUCAAAUUUUCCUUGUUUAUAUGCACAGGGCCGCGUCUAUAGCUACGGCACUGCCCCCCCCCCCCUCGUCCUCCACCCCCGCUCCCCCUGCUAUAUCAUUAUAUGUAAGAAGCGCUUUAUAAAUGAUUAAGUUAUUAUUAAUAACGACUGGUCCCUUAAAGUAAAAACAAUUUAUCGGCAAAAGCAAGUUUAAUAGAGUUGAAUGAACAUUUCGAAACACUUUACGAAGCGAUUCAGGUUAACUUUUACAUUAAAACAAAGUUCACAAAAUGCAAAAUAACAUAUCUAGAGUACAUAGUCCGAAAUUUCUUGUUGUAUUCUUAAAAGUUGUAAUCCUUCAAAUAGUUUUGCCGUUUUGUACAAAAAAAAUAAAAAAGUUAAAAAAAUUAAAAUCAUCGUAAGCCUACGUUUAGUGUUGGUCAGUUGCUAAUACUUUGGAUUAUUAUUCGGACGAUAUGUAGUCAUGAAACUGGGCUACGAGAUAUAUAUAUAACAUAGCUCUGCUAAUUCUUUCAGGGUAACUGAUGCAACUAAGAAAUCAAGUUGUCUUACGGUUGAAGAUGUCUCCAAAUUAAAUGUUACAGCCGACUUGGUCGUCCUUAGCGCUUGCCACACUGCCCGUGGAAAGAUUAGCAUCGAGGGAGUCCUUGGAUUGGCAAGAGCAUUUCUGAUGGCUGGUGCAAGGUCUGUGGUUACAGCUUUGUGGGCAAUUACUGACAGUGCAACGAUGGUGUUCAUGAAGAAAUUUUAUAGAAAUCUUUGUGAAAUGCGUGUUGGCGAUGCCUUGUCUACCACCAUGUGCCAGAUGCAAGAGGAAGAAUGUUUCAAACAUGUCGUCCAAUGGGGCUCGUUCAAGGUUCUUGGUGCAAAUGUGAAAGUAUCACUUCCCAG